CCUACUUUCCAUCUCUUGCUGCCUCUACUUUUCUGUUCAACUAUUUGGAUGACACCCAAAUUAGAACAACUACCAAGAACAAGUCAUCGUGUAUCUGAUUUUAAACAAUCUCCAACUGACGACAACAAUGCCAGAAACAAAGGAUAUUCAACCAGUGAUUUAGACGUUGACCAAGCAACAUCCUUAAUAUGGAAGGACAUCAACUCUGGCGAAAACAAUGAUUUUGUUGACAAUGAUAAUAGAUCUAUGACUAACACCAAUGAUUCCAUUGCUGCUAAUUCAAUACAAGGCCAAGAAUCAAGUCAAUAUCACAUGGAUUCUUCAGUUUCCACUGCUUAUCAAACUACAACAUCUUCCCACAUAAUAUCUCAGGGUAAUGGAUCACCCCAAGUAGCUACAAUGUCAAGCCCAUCUUCAACUCCUACCCUUGGCGACAAAGAUCACAACCGGCAAAGAGGAUUUAGAAAACCAUGGCGGGACUGCGACAGAAGGACUGAUCAAUCAAAAGGUACUCAAAGAUACAACUCACAGCAUCGACCUCAACAAUACCCCAAACAAAAAGGAUAUCUAUCAUCGUCAUCAUCAUCAUCCAGCAACUCAGCUUCCUCCGUCAACAGUUCACGGCGUUGGGAUAUUACUGAACGACGGUCACCCACACCAUCUUCCAAACGGAGACUGAAGGAACGAUGUACGUUAUCUGAAGAAGGAGCCGCUAGUCAAUGGACCAUACCAAGGAUCGAUCAACAUUUAGUACAAACAACGAACGACGAUGAAAAAAUAUGGCAACAGAAUCUACUCGAUAAAAGUCUUCAUAAGUCUGAAUUUAGUUCACAAUCCGGUAAUUCAACGACAAAUGUCAAUAAUGAUCAACAAUCCGGUUCAAGACCGCCGUCUAUACAACAACCAAAUCAACCCGACAGAAAUAUUCUUCCUUCUACAUCGACUGAAUUGAUUUCUUCGACUUCUGAUUCAAAUAAUCCUCAAAUUGCUCCUUCCUCAUCUUCUACUGUUACCACAUCUUCUGAAACAAUGCCACAACUUUGGUCUGCGAUUGUGAAAACUCGUCCAUCAGUAGGAAAUGAUAGUGUUUCAAUCAAUGGCGAUGUUCAUGACAAAGGAAAAACGGCGGCAACAAGCAAACAAACGACGACAGCUAAUUCAAUGGAAUUGGAACGGCAACUUGGAAUGGACAAGAAAAAAGAUAUCAAUACUAAUGCAACAGAUAAGGACGACAAGCAUCUUCAGGUAUCAUCCGCAUCAUCCUCAUCGUCAUCAACUAUAGAGCAACAAUGGGGACAACAGCCAAAACAACAACAACAACAACAACAAGUGGAUCAAGAAUGGAGACAACAGGAUGGAGAAAAUGGAUCUGUGGAUUCACUGGAGAGGAUGACGGAAUCAGAGUUGUCAUGGAUAUCAUCAAGUAAAUCAGCGACGAGUCCGGCACUACAGCAGCAACAGCGACAACCACAGCCAGUACCUGCAUGGUUACAACAUGAACAAGAGAAACAAAGUGUUGAUGAUCAACAACAAGAAGAACAUACUGGUACAAAUGAUAGUGAUAAUAUGGAAUUUGUGACAUCGCAAAAUAAGGAUGCAUCAUGGUGGCGUGGCAAAUUCAACAAGACAGAAAAAGAAACUGAUACCAUCUAUAGUGACAACAUGGGAUAUUUCGCAUCACAAGAUAUGAACGAUAUAUCAUGGUUACGCGGCAAACAUCGAAUGGAAAACGAAGAUGAUCAAAAGCAAGGUAACAUACAACUGGCAAACACCUAUUUUUAUAUUCGACCAUCCAUGAUGAAGUUUGCGUCUCACGUAUCAAGUGUUCAGCCGACAUGGAAAGCUCGCCAGUAUACCUACCAAGAAGCAAGGUUCGAUCCUCAUGAUCAGUGGAGAUAGGACAAAUGAUGACAAUCGACAUUCUCUUUUUUUUUCUCCCCUUCUGGUUACCAUCUGUUCCGCUUAUGGAUAUAGGCAAGACACAUCUUUUGAUUUAUUAGGCUUCUAGUUCCUCCUUUGUUUACAAUUAGUUUUAGUUGGUCAUUAAAUAUAUAUAUAUCAUUUAUUUUGCUUCUUUUUUUUUUUUUUUUGAGACCUU